GAAAAAGAGUGAUGAUUUGUUUUCUCAUCCACAUUGUGAGAUAGAUAGAACAAGAAAGAUAUAAACAGAAGCGUAAAAAGAUUAGUCCUUUUUUCAUCUUUCAAUUUCUGCAAUGGAAGUGGGUAUGUCUUUAAAUGCAUUAGUUAAGCUUCCAUUAUCAACAUCAAGAAGAACUCAUGAAGAUUUACUCUCAAAACAUUCUCUUUUUACUAGUAGUACUAAAACCCACACGCAACAGAGGAAUGAAAAUGGUUUUGUAAUUCAAGCAAAACAAAAGAGAGGAAUGCAAGCGCGACAAUUCACUGGGAAAACUCCUCCACCACAGUUACCUAAGAUUGAAGAUGAUGGGAAUCCUAAGUUUGUCAUCUUCAUCCGUAUGGCUAAUGUUUAUCUAUGGUAUCCAAUAAAUAUUAUUACUGGUGGUACAACUGCCAAGAUUAUGGUUGCGGCAAAAGACAAUUUUCUCGGAAAGUACAUUUACAAGGACACGAUCGCUAGGAAUCUUGCUGCCGUGCUUUAUCAGGAUGAGAAGGAACUACAGAAAACAGCAGUUAGGCAGCACCGUGUUCUGCGGAAUUGCACUGAGUUCAGAUAUGGGUUCAAGCUUCUUGAAGGUAAAAACUUGAGAGCUGGACUUUCUAGUUCUGGGGUUAUUGAGCUUCCAACGAAAGAUGAGCUCAAAACCGUGCUAGAUAAAGUAUUGGAAUCAUUUGGGGAUGCCAAGGAAUCAUUUGGGAAGCUGACAUCCUUAGGUUCAACAAGUGAAGGAGAGCCUGCCGAAGAACCCAAACCGAAAUCCAAAGUGAAAAGCUGAAACUGAGGUCCCCUCUAAACUGUUCGGACAUUGGUCAUAAAUUGUCUUCGUAAGCUCAUGCAGCUUCAGUUUGACUUUUACUCAGCAGAACGGCGAAGCAACAAGGUUUUUUGUUCAUAAUAUGUUAGUUUCUAUAAACAAAACUGAUUGUUGGUUCUCUUAUUUCGCAGCAUCUUUUUCCAUCUUAAUAUGAAUGUAGUAAAAUUGUGCAGACUUGUUUCUCGCACUAACUCAAACUUGUCAAGUAACAACUUUCAUAGAACUGGAAAUGUUAAGAAAUACCAAAUCGAAGGAAAAUAGUGUUUUGUUUAUGA